CCCGCUUUCAUGUCGAGAUCUGUUGUUUUAAUCCACGAGGGUCGGCACGGUGAUACAACCUGGCUCAGAACUUGACCUUCACCAGGCAGACACACAAACUCGGGAGGUGUUUAGAACUCAGAGAUGUGAACUAACUCGUAACCUCUCCGGUGGUUCUCCCAGACCUCGGCACACCAAGAAGAUUCACUUCAUCAAAAAUAUGAAACAGUACGACACAAGAGGCAGCAGAAUCGUGCUCAUCUGUGCUAAGAGGUCUCUGUGUGCUGCCUUUUCUGUUCUUCCCUACGGAGAGAGCUUCUACCUCAGUGAUCCUUCGUUAAAUCACACCAGGAGGAGACACUCGUCUGGAAACAUCUCUACCACCCUGGAAAUGCUGCCGGGGCUUGAGGGUUUUCACCUGGACACCUACGGCAGGUCUGUGUCAUACGCACAGUUCCUGUACCCCACUAACGCGCUGGUGAGGCAGAAGCCGUCGUCUGCCAGCGACCUGACGCUGCAGAUUCCCGUUUCCAGGAGCACACACAGCAUUCCGGGCAGGAGCUACCCGUCCAGCCGGCUGAGCAGCACCGUGGGACUGGAUCUGGUCAUGGUGCAUCAGGACUCUGAGCGACGUGACUGA